CACACACAUCAACUCCUCCUCCUCCUCCUCCUCAGCCCUUCCCUUCCAAACUACGCGAGCUCGAAGGCGCCCUCCCGCUCGCGUUCGCUUUCCUUCGCUUCUCGGCCGCCGUAGCCCCUGCUAGUGGAGCCCGUGCAGGCCUUCCGCCCCGCUCCUCCCCCCUCCCUCCCCGGCUCUGAGAGGAAGAGAAAGGCAGGGACGGGACAGGAGUCGGAUUACAAGAUGGCGGCCGCGCCGCGGUGGUAGUCGCUGCUGCUGCUGCUCGCCUGGUGACGCUGAGUGGGGGGGGGGGACUCGGAGGCGGAGGCAGAGGCGGCAGGCCCGGGCGCCAUGAGAAGCGGCGAGUUAAAGGGCUCCUGAGCGGCGGCGGAGCCCUCUGUUCCUUCCUCUGCCGCCCCUUCCUCAGUCCCUCGCAGUCCGGCCGGGCCGGGCCGCGCACCAUGUCGGACACCCGGCGGCGGGUGAAGGUCUACACGCUCAACGAAGAGCGGCAAUGGGACGACAGGGGCACCGGGCACGUCUCGUCCACCUACGUGGAGCGGCUCAAGGGGAUGUCGCUGCUGGUGCGGGCCGAGUCGGACGGUGAGGAGGGGCAGGGAUAAUGGGGCGAGGCGGAGGCUGGGCUGCCUGGGACAAUGGAGAGAGGCAGGAGGGGGGAGGCGGCGAGGUGGUCCUCAGGCCCCGAGAGGGCCCCCCUCCUCGUUUCCCAUCGGGACCCUAAGGAGCUUCCCCCCCCGCCUUCGUCCUAAGGCUGAUAGCUUAGGGGGCAGAUGGCUCCCCCAAAGGGUGCCUCGGAGCACCUCUUGUCUCUCACAACACAAUCCUCCUUCCCUCUCGCUUGAAGUCUCGGGAGCAAGUUAUUCGUGUUUUUGUUCUCUCUUCCCCACCGCACAAAAUAUUAAGGGGAAAAAAUAAAGGCUGACAGGCGCUGCUGAUUACGUGCCUGCAACAAUAUCAGUAGUUGCAAUAAUUGCAGGCGGGUUGGGCUAGAUGACCCUUGGGGUCCCUUUGCCAACUCCACAGUUCUGUGAUUCUAGCCGCUCUCUUCCCUCAGUUCUUGUCUCUUGCAGCCUGCCCUCCUUUACAGAUCACAGCUCUCUUCUUUUCUCUCCCCCCUCUCCACUCUCUUUAGUACCCUCCCCAUAAGGUUGCAGAAGUCAUUAGUAAUCCCAUUCCCCCCCAUAGGUAAACAUUAGUUGUUUUCUGUCAUAAGAAGAAAGGGGCUGAAAGGUUAAACGGGGGGGGGGGGGGAAUGAGGCAGCUUCCCUACUUAGUCACCUUCGUUCAGGUGAUUCUUACUCGUAGAUGACCAGGCCAUGGCUGUUUACAGGCCUGCUGUGGUAUCAGAGUUACUCUUCCAAAUACCACUCGUCUUUCCUCUUCCAUCUUCCUUUCCAGACGUGAAAUUCCAUGCAGUUCUAGAAAGCUUGGCUCAAAAGCUUAUCCCAAUGAGAUGACCCAUUCAAAGGCUCUUCAUACUUGAUAACGAAAUUUAUUACGUUGAACAGUCUUCUUCAGGUCCUUGUUCAUCUGACAGUUUUACAGGAAAAAGCCCUAAACACUUGCUUAGGCGAAACUAGUGCCUACGAUGGGGAAGGAGACCCAUCUCUAUUCUCUCAAUUCCUGCCUCUUUUAAGGCUACCAAGCCCAUUACUUGUGACAGAUGUCUAAAUAAUAUGGAACAUAGUCUCGAAAGUUUUUUUGUGUGCCAAUACUUCAACUUUUAGAAAAGCUCAGUUACUAGUUAGUAGCUAUGAAUUUGACAUGUUUAUUUCGAAGUGUAUUGAGAACUGGGUUAUAAGUAUCCAAAGCACUGCCUUAACAUUUCCCCUUAUGAUGGAAUCUUUAUAAGCCUCUCAUUGGAAUAUAUGUUUUGGUGUGAAGGCCUCUUUAAAAAAAAGUUUCCUUGUUGCAAUAUAUUUGUAGCAAAGAUUUAAACUCUUGUUGUAAUGGGUUCUUUUUCUUUAAAGAUCAGGAAAGCUGUUUUUAGAAAAUGUAUUGGCAACGUUGCUAACGAACAGGUGUUAAUGUGCUAAAUAAACCUUGUGAGGGCUGGAAAAGAUUACUCGAGCGGUUGCCACGAUACAUGACUGCUUAGACACACACAUAAUACAAAGUUUAGGGUUAAAGAGUUUAGUGUUAUGAAUAUACCGCAACAGAAUAUCAUCUUCUUCUUUGGCGAUUACUCCUAGUCGAGUAAGAUUGAACAGAAUAUAUGUCAGCCAUCUCAAGAAGAUAAGAAUACAUUAUUUCAUGAGUAAGAAAAUGUAUAUGGUGUAGUUGUAUUUGCUUUUAGUUGCCUCUCAAGGUAUUAGAAUGGACUUGCAGAUGUGUAUAUUGAUUUUGUGUUUAUCUUUGCUGUCUUUCAUCAUUGCUUGUAUGAAACUGUUAGACUGGAGGGUGGUGCUCUGAAACAUAGAUUACUGAUUUCUAUAAAGCUCAUUUUACUUCACAUAGGUUCCUAACUGCAAUUCUUCCUUUUUCAGGUUCGCUUUUGUUGGAAUCGAAGAUAAAUCCAAACACUGCAUAUCAAAAACAGCAGGCAUGUACUAGCUUUUUCCUAUAAGUAUCUACUGUGUUGCCAUUGUACAGAAAUAUCUUGUUUGCACAGAGUUGGCACACUACUUAAUUGCAAGUUCAUUCUAUGACAGAAAGGAAGGAACCUGGGGGGACUUUAAAAGCUAGAUUACAUGUUUCUUUGACCAUUCUAGUGUUGGAAUGAUUAAGGAGUACUUAGUCUGUUAUAAGUACUGCACCAUUUCCCCCAUAUUGCAAAUUAAGUUUAGUAUAUUAAUUUGGGGGGCAGGAGGGGAUAUCCCAGAUACGUUUUCUCUUUUGAGUUUAAUUCCUUGCAAAGGCUUACUGAUUAAAGUUACAGCCAUAGAACAGUUUUGGAUCAUCUUCCCCAUCUUCAUAAAACUAUGAUUGCAUCCUGUCUUAUCAUUUUGGUUAGUUACCUGACUUUACACAAGAGUUUUUCAACUGAGAUGUAUUAGGAACUUCAAGUUUAAUGCAAAGCAAGUAUGAAGCCAUCACAUGAGACGAAGGGAAAGUGCUCAGUUUUGAUACUUGCCCCCAGCUUCACAGCCCAUGUUUCAUGAUGCCAAGAAAUAUUGUCUGAACUCAGCCAUAAAACUGAUUCCUAAUUCCAUUAUUAUUAUUAUUAUUAUUAAUAUUAUUUACUGUGUGUCUGUGUGUGUGUGUGUGUGUGUGUGUGUGUGGAGAGAGAGAGAGAGAGUGUGUGUGUAAUCCCAUAGUAGACUUCCCUUUGGUUUACAGAGUAACCUACACAUGGUGACUAAGAGCCUUAUUCCAUCAGCAAGUUUCUAGAAAACAAAGAGUUCAUGGAUAAAAAGUGUAUUUUGAAUUAGUAUGAUGUUAAAACAAAAAAACCCUUUCACAAUGACUCGUCUGUAAGAAUGUCACAAAGAAUAUGAAUGAUAAAUAUUUUUGAGAACGUGGCCUGACGUGAUAGGCAGAUGUUCCAAAUCUCAUUUAGGGCACUGCUACCAUGGCUGGAUCUGUCCCUCAAUAAAUAAGAUUAGGGGAAAGGUUCAAACUGGCUGGUGCAGAAUUUCAGAAAAUGUAACACUUUCUUUGGAUCUUCAGGAAGCUACAAGAGGUUCAGCACUGAGUGUUGAGAUAUGAAAUAUAAGGAUUUUGGAAAGGAACUGUGUAGGAAAAAAUUUAUACGCCUAGCAGUGAGGCUUGUGUCACUGAAGACAAUUGUAGGUUUCAGAUUUAUAGUUGGAUCCAUAGAAGGUGACCUGACUUCUGUCCCUUUGGAAAAUUUCACUUGACUUCAUUAGAACUCUGCUGGCACAGGAACCGUUUUGCAUGGAAUAGAAUGAAGGAUCAGGGCUGAAAUAAGUAAAUCUUGUCUAUAAAUAGGUUUAGCAAGGCUUGAACACAAAUUCAAAAAUACACAGGUUGCAGCCACUUGUUAUCCUUUUCAAUCAUUCUACGUAUAUAUAGAAACUCUUGCGUACAUUUUAGUUCCAAGAACAAGAAGAAUUUAGUAGUAAACAUAUAGUUUAUUUUUAAUCUAGUAAAGAGCCUCUCCUUUUUCACUCUGUCCUAGCUCUUAUGGCAGCAUAUAUGAAGCUGUUUUAUGCAAUGCAGUUGCAAUAUUAGUGUUGUAUGCAAGUUGCCUCCGAAGGUUUUUAACUAGUAGAAACAGGUCUGAUGCAGGAGACGGGAAGCAAAUUUAAUACCCACCCCACCAAAAGAAGCAUUUGGGAAAUAUUGGUGGUAUUUCAUUGUUUUAUGUAUUUUGGGAAAGGAUCCAAAAUCCCAAAGAUGGGAUUUGAUGCAUCAUCAUAGAUGAUUAUAUAAACAUCUUCAUAGAAGCAUAGCUGGGUUGCCAGUUCAAGCAUUAACAGAAAUUACUUUAAUAUUGGCCAUGGGUUUGCAUUUCAAAAAUGCCUGAAAUAAUAAAAGCAACAAUAUUGUUAACUAAGUUUCAUUUGUCUUUUGUUUUGAUUAAAUUACAUUGGUUGGGGGACCCUCCACAGCAGAUUUGGGGGGGGCUGGAGGAGACAGAAUUAGAACAAGAAGUCCCGUUGCACAAAUGAUUUUUAUUUGUACAAGUGUGCAGACUUCAUUCUCAAAAAUGUGGUUCAAAGUUGGUACUUGUUUCUUUAAGGUUGUUUAAUAUCAGUCUUUUAAUGUAUGCUAGGCAUGCUUUUGUACACUUUAAAAGUUAUAAAAAUUAAACAUUUCCCACUAAUUUUAAAAUGUUUUUUAGGAAAGGGGUUUUUCUUCAUAGCUUUCCUGACCUAUCCUGAUCCUGUGAACGAAAGAUGGCAAGAUAAUAAUUAACUUGCAAAUCUCUCCGUAAAAAUAGAAAUCUAUCUUUUAAUGACUUUGAAUUAACGCUGCUUCAGUGAGAGGGUGGUUUUAAGAUUCUGUCCCUUUACAAUAUGGCUUUCUGAUCCUAAAUACGUCAGCUGUAUGUGUUGAAAAUAAGAGUUGUGCCUCAGGAACUAGUUAAGUGGUAUAUCAUGCAAGCUUUUCAACUCCUGUUGUAUCCUCAUGAACAUGAUAAACAAUGGUCUUUGCCUGCUUGAGAGAGCAAAAUUAAGAGAGGUGAGGUGACUUCCCAUUUUCUCUGAUCAACUAGAUCUUCAUUGCUAGUGUUGGGUGUCAUGUCUUAAUGCUGAAGGCUUCACAGUAUAAUAUAAUUUUCUAUAAACAAAGAAAUGCAAAAUUCCAUCUGGAUCAUCACAAAUACUCAUAAUGUCAGAGAAUUCCCCCCCCCCCCCCAAUUUCAGGACAUUGCAGUUCCCUACCUCUUGCUGUUCUCUUUCUAAAAGAAUAAGAAUAUUGUGACAAUUAAGAUAAAUCAUUAUACUUCCUGGGUGAAUUUUAUUAGGUUCUGUGCAUGCCUUUGAUAGGAACAUAGGAAUAUGCCUUUGAUAGGAACAUGAGUCAGGCCAUUGGUCUGUCUAGCUUGGUAUUGUCUACAAUGAUUGGCAGUGGCUUUCCAGGGUUUCAAGCAGGGAGUGUCUCAGCUGUAUCUGGUGAUGCUAGGGAUUGAAUCAGAGAUGUUCUUAAAUACAUAGCUAGCCUCUUGGCCUUUUAUCCAGACAUGCAUAACCAAAGAGUAUUCAACUGCAUUCAUUGUAGAUCAUUGGCGAUUUAUAUGGUAAAUUAUAUUGUAAAAAUAAUCCUGCCUGUAUAAUAUAAAAUCAGUUGUAAAUAUUAUUGUUUCUUUAAACUGGAGGGUUAAUAUUUCUAAUUAAAAUUUCCUAAUAGGAAAUUGUGAAAGGGCAUAUGAAGAGCAGUUCUAAAAAGGUAGCAUUUUUUAAAUAAAAAACCCCAGUAUCCUGUUUCACCAAGUUGUUUUGUUGGAUAUAUCAACCUAAUUGUAUGCCACUGUUGUACUUGUAUGGAAUCAAAUAUUCAGUAUAGUCUUUCGUUUUGAAAUAGGAUACUUUGAUUGUUUGGUCAGAAGCAGAGAAUUAUGAUUUAGCCCUGAGUUUUCAAGAAAAAGCUGGCUGUGAUGAAAUCUGGGAGAAAAUUUGCCAGGUAAGGUUAAUCUUUUUAAAACUUACCACAUUUUUAUUCCAAUCAUAUUAUUUACAAAUCCCACUUUGAACAUGUUAUGUUAUUAUUGCUUACAUGUAACACAGUCAUAGAAUUUCAUAGUACAGUGUUAGAACUUCAUGGCAUCAGGGCACAGGCUUAUUUUACAGUUUCACCUGCUUGCUCCUUUCAUGGGUGUUUUUCAAUUGCCCCUUUUUAUAGUAAUAUUUUAGGCUUCCUUGGCAUUUUACAUGGCAGCAAAUGUGCCUGCAGUGCUACAAGUUCAUGCUUCGGAGAAACAGUAAUUCUAAGCUCCAUGACAUGUACAUGUGUGUGAAAUAACAUGUAACUGAAAACAUGCUGCUGUGUGUCUACAUGUUCUGUAAAAUGCUUUAUAUGAAUCUGUAUAGGACUAUAAUGUGUAAGUUUCAUCCAAUUCCUAGGACUGAGCUUUAAACCAACUACUUGGGCUGCCUUGUCUCCUAGCAGAGUACUCCUGUGCCUGGAAUUACAGCCACCAUAGACUGCAUGUGACUCUCCUGUAUGACAUCUACUGGGUUGGGAUGUGAAUAGAACUGUUGAUCCUUUGCCAAUGAGUCAUGUUCAGAACAGUUGCUCAUAUGCACAGCUCUGGUGGGCCACAAGAAAGUUCUUUCCCCUUUUCGCACUAUCAGCAUCUGCCGCAGGAACAGAGCCUGAGUUUGCGCAGCCCAAGAGCCACAUUUCAUUCCUGGUCAGUUUGCAGAAGCCUAUUAAUGUUAUGUGAUUUGACCAAAUUAUUUAUUUCCUCUUCUCUGCCUCCGACAGUCACCAGUAUGUUUCAGAAUGAGUCAGCAAUUGUUCAUGUUUCCAUUUUUAGGUUCAAGGUAAGGACCCUUCAGUGGAAGUCACACAGGAUCUCAUUGAUGAAUCUGAAGAAGAGCGGUUUGAGGAAAUGCCAGAAACAACUCAUUUGAUUGAUCUCCCUACUUGUGAACUUAACAAACUCGAAGAGAUUGCAGACCUAGUUACCUCAGUUCUCUCGUCGCCCAUCCGUAGAGAAAAACUAGCUUUGGCUUUGGAAAAUGAAGGCUACAUAAAAAAAUUAUUGCAGCUUUUCCAGCUUUGUGAAAACCUAGAAAAUACUGAAGGCUUACAUCAUUUGUAUGAAAUUAUCCGAGGAAUUUUGUUCCUCAAUAAAGCAACUCUUUUUGAGGUGAUGUUUUCAGACGAGUGCAUUAUGGAUGUUGUGGGAUGCCUUGAGUAUGACCCUGCAUUAGCUCAGCCAAAAAGGCACAGAGAAUUCUUGACCAAAACAGCAAAGUUUAAAGAGGUCAUACCUAUAACAGACUCUGAACUUAGGCAAAAGAUUCAUCAGACUUACAGGGUACAGUACAUCCAGGACAUCAUCUUGCCAACACCAUCAGUUUUUGAAGAAAAUUUUCUUUCUACUCUCACAUCUUUCAUUUUCUUUAACAAAGUCGAGAUUGUCAGUAUGCUGCAGGUAAGUGAAACUAGACGUUUGGAAGGCUUGCCUUUUGGAGAUUUGACAUACAAAUGUGAGGUUAACCGUAGCAUGCCUUUAAUUCAGUGCUGCUUGUGGUACAUGCUUUUAAACCUAAUUUAUUAGUUCUGGUGCUUCCUCCUCACCCCCCUUGGCUAGCUUUGUUCUUUGCUGUAAUGUCUCAGUUGUGUAUUUCACAGUCUUCUUCAUAAGCACAGUGCAUUCCUUCUAAACCAGAUACAUUACGUUCAGCUCAUUCUGUUAUGUGAGAGGUAGGUGCCUUUCAGCAGUGGCCUUAUUCGUGGCAGAUGGUUAACAGUUUUUUCCUGCUUAUAAGCAGCUGUGUUGUGUGUUGUAUUAAAAACGAAAUGCAGUAUAAAUAGCGACUCUCACAAAUGCUAUCAUUAGCCUUCUUACACUUACAAACUGUAAUAUUCGAAUUGUAACAUUAUUUGAUUAAAGUUUUAUAUAGGCUGCAUGAGAAAGGCACAGCUUUUUAAUUCUGUAAAUGUUUUAGCUCUCUAUAAAAUUAUGCAACGAACAUAAGGUUCUGAAGCUAAAUCCAAAACAAACUCAAUAAUUUCUCUUGGCUGGCUUAUGAUUAAUGUUUUUUGUUUCUGUGAAUCCUCUAACAGAAAAUAUUUUUAAAAUACGCAGGAAACAAAUUAAGAAUCUCCUGCGCAUAACCUUGUUCAUCCCAAGAAACUUUUUAAAAAGAACUAAACCAAGGGUUUGACUGUAGGGGACAUAGGAAGCUGUCUUAUGUCCACCUAGCACAGUGUUGUCUAUUGUGACUGGAAGAAACUCCAGCAUUUCACAUAGUUAUUUGUAUCACCACCUACCUUAAUUGAAGAUACUGAGGACUGAGCCCAGGACCUGCUGCAUGAAAAUAAUGAGCUUUCCCAUUGAUCUGUUCUGUAGUCUCUUCUCCAAGAAUAAAAAAGCAAUCUUCCUUCUAGUUAACAUUUUUUCUUGUUGGCAUAAUCUUAUUUAGAAUUUUCUGUUAUAAGUCUCCUAGAUGUAGGAAAUCUUUUUGCAUAAUAGCUUAAAAAUAGAGUUAAAGGGUCUGACAAACGGGGAAUGUCUGACAAAUCCUCUUUUUAACCCCCUAGCUGCUAGAACUAUUGUUAGAGAGCUCAGAGUUCAUUUUUAGGUACUCCUAAUUUUGUAGUACAAAUAAUGUAUUGAAGCAAACAUUUCACAUGCCAGCAUUUAAGAAUAUAGAACCUUGUUUCCUACAUAGACUUAGUUUGCAGUUUUUAUAUGUCAAAUUGUGGGAGCCAAAUGAAAACGAGUGAAUUCCAGCUCUUUGGAGGCUGUAAACCAUGUCAUUUUGCUCUUAAGCCCUUAAGUGGCAGCAUAUGGUAGUUCAUAGACUUUUGGAAGAUACGGCCAGAACAAAUGUAGAUUUAAAUAAUGUGAUGUGGUUCUUAAAAUAAUGUGUCAGUUGCAAUGUUUUAUUAGCUGCCAUACCACCUGCAGUGUGUCAUCCAUAGGCAAUUGCUUGGGUUCAAUUCAUCUUCAAGUUCACCCUGUUCAGUGAAAAGACAGAAGUUGACUAAAUCUUCGCUAAAUGAUUACUUGGAUCAUUGUCAUUUUUUGUCGAUAGCAAGGUGGUUGAACUCAUGCCCAUUGUUGGGCAUAACCUAACAGCAAUACAAGCCUAGAGUGCAACAAGAUAUACUGUUCCCUGAUAAAUCUUUUAAACCUUUGAUUAUAAGACGUUGAGGAAAGCUUUCAGUUUUUCAGAUGAUAAAAUGUUAGGGAACACUUUAAAAAAGCUGUGGAACGGAGUGGAAAUGCCCUUUUUAAAGACAAUACUUCAGUCACUCAAAAUGUGUGGUUUAAAGAGUUUAUGCAAGGCGGUUCAGCAUUAGAGGGGUAGUUCAUAUAUUGCAGACAUAAACAAUAGUCAGAUCAAGAUGUAUUUCUGCACCUAGACAGUGUUACUGUCUUCAUGAGAUAGUGAAGUGCCGCAUGCCUCCUCCUAAAAACAUUUGACCUAGUUUAGAGAUACUGAGUGGGAUUCAGCUAAUGAGCCCUGGCAGCAGACGCCCCAUGCAAGGACUUCCAUUUGCACAGUGGAUCUUCCCCUUCCCCUUCCACUGCACAUCUCCCAUACCCCCCAGUUGGCUCUGGGGCAGUUGGGAGAACCUCUGGAACAGUGCACAGGGGGAGAAGAGGGGGAUUUGUUCUGUCUGGCGAGCUGCAAGGUACUCCAAAAACAGCUGGAGACCAAAGUUUGGGAAACCCUGCUCAAGACUCUGAGCUAUAGUCAACUAAAAAAAUUGCACAAGCAAAAGAAAUUCUGCUUCUGCAGUGGGUCUUCUGCCCCCCCCCCCAUGCACAACCUGCACUGACCCCAGAUCUGCUUCAGGGGGUUGAGGGAACUCCCGCAAUAGAUUUAGGGGACUUGGGGUAUGGAAGAGGGGCAGCAUUCUGUUGUGCAAGAAGAAAUUAUUGGGCUGGCAAAAUAUUUGCCUUAGCACUACAUUGAAUAACACACUAUUGCUUGUAAUGGAAGUCCAUGUAGAUUGGCCCUUGCUCAGUUUUACAACUGUAGAAGUUCUUCCUUUGCUCAGGCGUAAGCCCUUUAUUUGAGUUGGCUUUUUAUGGGUGGAGGCCAAACUGAUAAUGGAUGGGGAUUUUAAUGGGGGGGAUUUUUCUAAGAUUUUAAAUAGAUUUACGUUGUUCUUGAUGCUUCAAGCUUGAUUUUAAAUAUUCUGUAACUUGAGUACUUUGAUAUUGAGUAGGAUAAACACCUAAAUUGCUAAUACGUCAUAAACAAUACAACUUAUUGGUAUUUCCCCCUUUCCGCCUCCCUCUUGUCUUCCAAAAGCAGAACACAUGGAGGAGAUAUUUUCAAUACUUGCCAACAACUGUGUUUUGGAAACAGUUUCUUUUAUUUUGGUCCUUGGCUGCUGCUGCUGUGGCAACAUGAAAUUGGUGUACUUUUUGAGGUUUCUUGCUGCCUGCAUAGCUCUAAGCAUUCCAAAUGAAUAGAUGUUGGACGACUCUUCUGAUUGGUAGUGUUAUGAGCAGUAGUAGGUAGAAGGGACCUAUAUAAUAAGCAUGAAUAGCAUCUUAAUUACUUGAUAACUGAGGUCCAAAGAGCUACUUCAGAAGACAGCCCGUCUUUAUGCAUGCCCGUGGGAUUAUUUUUAACUUCCUUGUUGGAAUAGGAAUAUUUCAACCAUGGCAUAUAUAUAACCAUUCCAUGCCAUGUUGCAAACACCUUGAAAGCUGCUUCGGUGAUUUCUCUUACGCCGUGAUUGAAAAACAGGCACACACACCAGUAUGUGUAGUUUGUGUGACUUUUUGGAUCUUCACUUAUGCCCGUUAGCCAUUUUAGAGGCUGUCAUCAUAACUUCAAAGCUUCCCCCUACUUUCUGGGGGCAAGCAAAUACAGACGAAACUCAGGUCAUGUCCAGAGUAGGGAGAAGUUUUGCUUGCCAUAGACUGCAAUCAUUAUUAACUAGUGUUUUUUAUGUUUCUUUUCAGGGUCCUUAUAAAGACUUAGCAAAUAGAAACACUUAAGCUAUAACUUGCAGAGAAAUGACUAGUUAAUAUUUGAGACUGUCCAGUACAGUUCCUUUUUCUACAGUAAUGCCCCUGCAGCCAUGCAUUGCACAAAUGAAGAAAUAACUAUAUGCCUAAUUAAUUACUGACAUACUUCUACCUUUUUUUACCUAAAGUAAAAGUGAUAUUCAGUACUUCGUAACCUUUGAUCAUUGGACUCUUGUGUAUCCAAGGGAAGGAGACAAUUUGAUGUAGGGAUAUGUCCCCAUAUAUGUCAUGAGCAUGACAGUUUGUGACACAGUCAUUAACCUUUGGUUGAGGAGGGUUGCAUAAGAAGCAGCUCACUAGCUUACCGGUCCUGAUUUUUUGUGUGCAUUAUGACAGUUUCAUAUAAUGAUGCAUUUCUAAGAGUUGGACUAUAUCUAAAAAUAGCAUGCAAACUCCAGUGUCAGAGAAGACUUUAAUGAGAUGGUGGGCCAUUUUGGGAAUAGGACAGUAGGAAGCAAAAAAUGGCUAUGACCUAUUUAUGUGUUACCCACCCACCUCCAGUUCUAAAAGUGUGUAACAUCUGUGUUUUGGCUUAGCAAAGUUACAUUGACUUAUGUGCAGUUGAACCAUUUCCAGAUGGGUGGAAACUUGUAAACACUAAUAUAUCUGUCUUGUUACUGUGUCUUCCCAGAUUAUUAGGAGAGAAUUGGGGGGGGGGGGGAGGCAUUAAUCUGUACUGGUUUUUUUUAAUGACAUGUUUUUAGCUCCUUAAUUUAAAGGCUUGGAUUGCCCCUGCCUUGCACUGUGCCUGCCACUUCCUUCUCCUAGUUCACUAAAUCUUUUAUAUAAUCUUUUCACAGUCAAGCUCAACACAUGCAGCACUUAAUGCUAGAAAACUAUCAAGAGGGUUAAAAUAAUACGACUCACUGUUUUGUUUUGUUUUACAUUUUUUAGGUCAGAUACACCAAUUGAGAAUGAGUCUAGCAUCAUCACUGUUGAGUCUGCAACUGACUUCUAAACUUGCAAGGCUUAAGAAAUUGUAAAAACUCAGUCCUAAAUUUCUUGUUGGAACAAAAACACUGGCUGGAUUGUUCUGUUGAAGUCACAAGUGCUUGACUUCUAAAACUCGUUAAAUUUGGUACUUCAGACAAUCCACGGGGCAGAUAUAAAUGUGUGGGGCUCCUGGUGCACUUUUUUGCACCUCAGUUGGAGGUUAUACAGAUUGGAUUGAAGCCUCGUACAUUCAGAUCAUAUACCUAGCUAUAGGGGUAAUUGGUCUCGUUGGCUUUACUUCCCUCCAUUGUUUCCCAAAGAAGCUUGGAGGGAGGAAAGAAACCUGAGUGAGAGGAGGAAUCCUCUUCCCCCUGAAGAAGCUGGAUGGAGAAGGAGAUGCAGAGGUUUAUCAGGGACGGGAAAAGUCUGCUUUCAUUCAUUCAUCAAUUUCUUCUUACUAACUAUAGUCGUCUGCAUUUUGAAUUCAUUGUAUGGAUACUUAAAAGAAUCUUAAGCUAGGUUCCUAAACUGAUUGGGCACAAGUUGACCAUUAUGACUGAUAGACUUGUCUUUGGUAAAUUGAAACAAUGCUGUUCAUACAUAAUACUGCUUACUGCAAUGGGACUCUCUGGAGGAAAAAAGUGACUUGUAAAUCUGUGGAAUCUGCCUUCCUAGCUGUGAAAGCAUAGGCAGUAUAGCACAGGUGGACGCAUUAGUUUAGUGGUACAUGAAAUAAGAGAGUAACUUGCAACAGUACAAAACCUGAUUUUGCAUUGCAGCUAUAAAAUAGAGAACUUUGUGUCAUAACUAUGUAAAAAUUGCUGUAUUGUACAGGAAGAUGAAAAGUUUUUGUCUGAAGUUUUUGCACAAUUAACUGACGAAGCUACAGAUGAUGACAAAAGGCGUGAACUGGUAAGUCCAGUUUGGAUGCUUUUACCUUGGGAAAUAGUGUGCUAAUGCUGCUGCCUCUUUUGCUUGAAAUAUGUGUUCUUUGUGUUGAGUUAAAACUCAGAUUAUGUUAAUAUCUGAAACUGUAUAAAUGUUUACUUACUGGCUGUGUACUGGCACUUUCUGUAUUAAAAUGUUUUUUUCACCUCCUGCAGGUUAACUUCUUCAAGGAGUUUUGUGCAUUUUCCCAGACAUUGCAGCCCCAGAACAGAGACACGUUUUUCAAAACUUUGGCAAAGUUAGGAAUUCUUCCUGCUCUUGAAAUAGUAAUGGUGAGUUGAAUGAUAAAGUGCAGGCAAGAUUUGAGGUGUCUCGUUGGUUUGUCUUUACAUUUUUGAGCUAUUGCACUCUUUCAAAUUGUUCAUAGGUUGACUGAUUCUAAUACCAGUCUCUGAUGUAUGCAGAGCCUUUGAGAAAGAUACAGUUCAUAGAUAUUUAAAUGACUACUGACUUAUGUAAAUAUACAGUGAUCACUGAAGUGACAAAUACGUGUGUAUAAAAAACAGAGCACUAAGAUUCAGUGGUCAUGUUUAGGUAUCCAACAGGCAGAGGGGAAAUGGUUUUUUCAAAUUUGUAUCCUUUAAAUCACCUUGGGUCCCACUCAGAGUUGCUCUUCCACCAACAGAAGGGCUCUUGCAUUUGUGGAAGAUCCAGCAGAAGGCCCUGCAGAGGUGGUUUUUACAGUUUUCCCUUAUAAACCCUGGUGACACCUGCUAUGCUGUUCCAGAGAGUUCUCCAACCCUCUGGAGCAAUUUCUUUGGAGGCUGCAGGGGGAAGGAAGAUUCCAGAAAAAUCACACACACCCCUUUUUCUGGUGGGAAUGUCCUUUGAGCAAAGAUCCACUCACAGGAACUCUGGAUCUAAUCCUGCAUAUAGUUUAACUACCUGAAUUUCAAGGCAACAAAGUCGGACUUCUUUUUUUUAAGCAAAAUGUCCAAAUCUACACCCUUAGAUUCGCAGUCAUAGACUCUUGAGGAUGAUAAAGAAAGCUUUUGUACCCCAGGGCUUGUAGAAAUAGAAUUACUAUCCUCUUGUAUAUUUGAAAUCAGAGUUUCACUGCAUUUUAAUAGCUUUGUAUAGCAUUACGACCUCCAUAAUACUCUUUUUCACUGUUAAUAUGAUUUUCAUUUCAGGGCAUGGACGAUCUGCAAGUUAGAUCUGCUGCUACAGAUAUAUUUUCUUACCUGGUAGAAUUCAGCCCAUCCAUGGUGCGGGAAUUUGUAAUGCAGGAAGCCCAGCAGAGUGACGAUGUAAGAAAGAUGCAGUAUGCUCAUAUGAUACGGCUGGCAAUGGCCAGUCCUACCACAAUGUCCCUUAUUUUAUUAAGUAAAAAAUGUAGUGUUCUUCGGUAUUUCACACACACACACACACACACACACACACAGUCUAAGAUCACAGACUUGUACAGUCAUAACUCAUGUUGCGUCCUUUUGCGUUACAUCCCGCAGCAACCCGGAAGUACCGGAACGGGUUACUUCCAGGUUUCGCCGCUCACGCAUGCACAGAAGUGCUAAAUCGCUCUUUGCACAUGCGCAGAAGCACCAAAUCGUGCUGCGCAGAUGCAGCACUUCACGUUGCGGGCAUUUCACGUUACGGACGAGCCUCCGGAACGGAUCCUGUCCGUAACAGGAGGUACCACUGUAUUCUGAACUAUAAUUUGGGCUGACGUGAGAGCUUCCUGACCUGUUAACACCUGACAUGUUUGAUUCAUUUAGCAAACAAAGGUUGGCUCUGAAAGAGUGUUCUCCAACAAAGGUUGCAUCAGUCCUGGGCUACUGGGUUCCCAUUUACUACUCCACUGUUGGUUGCUCAUGACAAGGCAUUGUUACUCUUCCUCGUCUUUUGUCUCAUAGGUGUCCCAGAUUUAUUUAUUUUUUUAAUUACAUGGACAGAGUUUGUAUGGAUGGAUACUCUGGUUUGGAGCUUGAACGUUUCUCUCUCUCUAAAUUGUGAGCAACCACAAAACUCAAAUAAUAAUCAGAAGUAGUAAUCUGGCUGCAAAUCUCAUAACAGAGGCACUUAACUUUUAUAAAGCUCUCUUAUGGAAGCUCUAGAAGAGUCACCAGGUAGUUUGAAGGCUUUUGGUGUAUCAGAAUCUAGGCAGGUCAUAUUGGGCCUCCAUAGUUAGAUUUCUUUCCUAUCUCCUCACUGUUGCAUCUAGAUAUACUGCAAGCAACAUGUCUUCUUGUACAUGUGUUGCUGGAAGAAACUACAUGUAAGCAAACGUGUGUGAAUUGUUGAGCAAAAAUAGUGUGGCAGUCCCUGAAGGCAAUAGAUAUCUGGGGUAGCAAGUGGCCACUAGGCAGUUAACCCUGCCUAUUAACUUAAAUUUGCAAAGGGUUCGUUGUGAAAAUCUGUUUUCUUUAACACACAGUCUCCUAAAACACUGCAUAGCAGAAACAUAUCAAACGGUUAAAAUGUUGAAUCGGCUACAUAGCAAUAAAAAUGACUUCAUGGGUGAAAAAAAUACCUAAGAACCACCAUAUUACAAUUUUAUUUUAUUACAAUUUAUUACCCUUUCUUCAAUUUAAGGCUCCAGGACAGGCUACAACAAUCAGAACACAAUGUUAAUAUUGAAAUGCAAUAUUACAUAAUAUUAUAAACUGUUUCAAACAACUUAAAAUUACCAAAAAUAAGGUGGAUCCUAAAAAUAUACAUCACAAAUGAACUCUCCACGAGUUCCUUUUUUUAUCAAGAGGAAAUAAACGUCCUCAUCAAUAAAGGUGGCAAAUUACACAAGCUCAGUAAUUGGUACCCUGAGAGAUGGUAGCCAAAAUCUAAAACUGUCAUAGAUUCCUAUUCUUACCCUCCUCCCACCCCCCAAGAAAAAAAAAAUGCUAUUUACCUUUGUUAAAUUUCUGAAAGUGGAUCUAAUUUGUCUCUGUUUGUUUCAGGACAUUCUCCUCAUAAACGUAGUCAUUGAGCAAAUGAUCUGUGACACUGACCCCGAGCUUGGGGGCGCUGUUCAGUUAAUGGGGCUCUUGCGUACCCUAAUUGAUCCUGAGAACAUGUUGGCCACAGCUAAUGUAAGAAAAUGGAAAGGGGUAAAGAAACUUUACUGUCUAAGAAACAUGUUGACUAAAAUCUACUUGUCUUUCGGCACACUUUGUAACUAUUUGCAAAAAUGUGCGUUAGCUUUUCAUUUCUGGAAAAUAUACUUGGAAGCAUGUUUUUUCUUUCAAAUAUAUGUAUGUAUAUGUUUCCACCACAAAACUGGAAUAGUAGUUUUACUUCAUCUCAAAUGUCAUUCCCACAGCAUGAUGUCAGAACGUUUUAUUUUAGACCAUGUGCAUGACUUUUCAUAUCCUUGGAGAUUCCAGUACUUGUACACUGUUUUGUGUUCAGUUCAAACUUUGUCCACUCUUGGAUUGAAUGAUGAGUUCUCCUGUCAUGUCUGCUGCCCAGGGGAUUGAAAGGCAUCAACACCAUAUAUGGAAUGGGUUAACUUUGAGCUCCCCAUGGCAGGGGGGCAUGGUUAAUACCAUUGCCUGCAAACUAAGGUCUUACAUAAUCUGGGCUGGGAGCAAGUGUUUAUAUAGUAAAAAAAUUAUUUCAGUCUGGUGCAAUGGGAAGAGUUGGGGAUUUUAAUUUAGAAGGACCAAGUUCAUGCUCUCAAACUGAAGUUUACUAGCUAGGUAAGCUGCCAUGGUGGCUUUGAGGUAAAACACAAACUGUGUUGCGAUUUCCUGUUCCAUUGUGACUGCACAAUGGAAUGAUAGAAAUCCCAGUGCUCUGUAGCUGUGUGAAUGUUUAUGCUGGUGCGUGCGUGCCGUAUUGUCGUUUAAAGCAUCUCAGUCCUGCCUUUCAUAUGAGUCUCAAGGUAUCUUACAGCAUAUCUUAAAACUGCUGCUUAUAAAACAGUUUAAAGAGGAAAUAAAACACAGAGUUUAAUUUCACAACAGCCGCAUCCUCCAGAGCCAUUUAAAGUCAUCAAGCCGCUAAAACUCAGGAAUGUUAAACAUAUGGGAAUGUGUCUUUUUUAAAAAGGGGGGGGAAAUUAUCUGGUGCUUGAAAAGCCACAGUUUGGAUUCUGUGUUAAUUGGUGAAGAAAGGCAGUUGCAUAACUUAGGUACCAGGGCAGAGAAGGGCCCUGCCCCACGUCAUUAGGGUGAGGCCACCCUAAUUUUACAGAUUUUUUAAUUUAUUGUAUUCAUACAAUUUAUAUACCACUUGAUUGCAAAAAAAAAACCCCUCAAAGCUAUUUAAAACAUUCAAAUAAUAAUAGUGGGAAUGUGCUGGCUUGCAUCUCUUCUGGGUAGAAGGUACCUUGAAGGCGCUGAAUUCAGCAUCAUUGAUUUCUCUUUGUUUGGUUGUUUGUUACUUCUCAGCUGCAUGACUUUACAUGCUGUUAGCAUAUUUGCUAAUCUAGUUAGUAUUUUCUGUUUCAGAAAACCGAGAAAAGUGAGUUUCUCAAUUUUUUCUACAACCAUUGUAUGCAUGUCCUCACUGCUCCACUUCUGGCAAACACAUCAGAGGACAAAAGCGACAAAGGUAAGAUCAGAUGUUUUGAUUGUCUUUUCUGCCUUCUUCUAUCCACAUUUUCGUAUUUCAGACUGAUGCAGCUGUUUGCAAGACAAACUGUGUUUUUGUUGUGCGGAUUAAUUUACUCAAACCGAGGCUUGCAUACUUUUAUGCCCUGGUUGUAUUGAGCUGUCUGAGGUUUGCAGAAGGCUGGUGGAAGGAGAGUGUGGGCUGCUUCACAUGGAUUAGUGUUGCAUGCGUGAGCUUGCAUGCUGCCAUUCUCCUCUAGCACAGUUACAAGGAGGAGAUUGGACCUUUAGCUUCCUCGUUGAACUAACCACAUUUUCUCAUUAUGGGCAAACAUAAACCAACUGUCGCUGGGGAAGAAAGCCAACUUCAAAGUGAGGUUUAGGUCUUUGGCUUGUUUCCCUAAGCCAUCCUUCCCCAACCUUGUGUCCUUCAGAUGUGUCAACUACCGUCAGCAUGGCUGGUAGUCCAAAACAACUUGAGGACACAGGGUUGGGGGAGGCUGUUCCUAAACAUAGUUAGCCCUAGUCACAGUUCUCCAUUCAGGGGAAAUAAAUACAGUGGUACCUUGGUUUACGAACUUAAUCCGUACUGGAAGUCCAUUCUUAAACCAAAGCAUUGUUCAACCAAGGCGUGCUUUCCCAUAGCAGCGGGAGACUCAGUUUACAAAUGGAACAUGUUCUGCUUCCAAGGCAAAGUUCACAAAUCAAAACAUCUACUUCCAGGCUUGCAGCGUUCUUAAUCCAAGUUCAUAAACUAAGCUGUUCUUAAACCAAGGUACCACUGUAGUUGGAAACUAAAGCUAACACUUCUGGUGUCUUCAAGGCUGUGCCAGAGGAGCAAGCAAAGCUCACCCAGGCUUGUACCCCUUUUGCUAAGCUGGUUUAGCAUUAACAUCUGAAUGCUGUGUUUGUGGUUAGUCCAAAUGUAGUCGUAUCUUGGUUCUCAAAUGCCUUGUGACUCAAAUGUUUUGGCUCCCGAAUGCUGCAAACCCGGAAGUGAGUGUUCUGGUUUGCAAACAAUUUUUGGAAGCCAGAUGUCCUCCGCAGCUUCCAAAUGAGUGCAGGAAGCUCCCGCAGCAAUCGGAAGCCGCGCCUUGGUUUUCAAACGUUUUCUGAAGUCGAACGGACUUCGAGAACGGAUUCCGUUCAAGAACCAAGGUAUGUCUGUACUGUUGUAAAAUUCCAGAUUUUUAUGGGUUCUCGUUUUCACUGACUGCUGAGUACUGGACAUUCUGGUCUUCAGGGGCUUCAGUUCUAGAAACAACCUUCUGUCGUUGGAUUUUAGCUGCUGAUAUUGACUGCAUUUUGUAAAUUUUUAGACAAAAAGGUCUUGCAUUAUGAUGUACAGUGCUUCAUUUUUGAGUUACAGUGGUACCUCGGGUUAAGUACUUAAUUCAUUCUGGAGAUCCCUUCUUAACCUGAAACUGUUCUUAACCUGAAGCACCACUUUAGCUAAUGGGGCCUCCUGCUGCUGCUGCGCCACCAGAGCACGAUUUCUGUUCUCAUCCUGAAGCAAAGUUCUUAACCUGAGGUACUAUUUCUGGGUUAGCAGAGUCUGUAACCUGAAGCAUCUAUAACCUGAAGCGUAUGUAACCCAAGGUACCACUGUACUCUAAAAUAAUUUCAGAAACCAAGGGAUCUCUUGAGAAACUGUCUCAUCGUUUUUGCCUAGCACACUGACUCAAGUGUAGCUCCCUCCCUCAAGCCCAUGAGGAAGAGAAGCUUCCAGUUUUAAAGCAACCGUGUUUCCCUUGGUAUCCAAACAUGAGGAGUUGUGAUCUGAGAGCAAGAUAGACUUGUUCUUACUUGCUGUAGUUUAAACAAAUCUUUGUUUGCAGCAUUGGGAUGUCAAAGGGAACUGUGUUUAGUUUAAAACUGGAAGCUUCUCUUCAUAGGCUCGGAAGGUGAAGAGAGGAAACACACAAACCCAUGCAGGCUUGGUCACAGAGUGGGAAACCACAGUUUCCUGUUGUGUGUGAACCAGGCUGCUGAUUUUUCAGGCACAGUGGUUUCUUACAAAAAUAAACCCAUAUCUUUAAAAGUCACUUAAGCAGUUCUGAGAUUCAAAGGUUGCUGCAAUGAAAGCAGAGUAGAAUGGGAUUGGUAACUUGUUUUUGUAGCUUUUUGCAAACCUCUCCAUGCUGGCUUGCAUGUCUCCUAUCUUUUACCACCAACUUUUAGUGGCUAACGCAGUACUAUUCGCAGAUGGAGUACAUGUGUGCAACUCCAAUGGUGUUACAGACAAAAUUAGGUGGGUUCUGGUGCCUGACAACCCCCUCCAAAAAGAGUUUGGGUGGGCUUCUUGUACUGCGCAGGCGAGUCAGAAGUUGUCUGACCUUGAAAUAAAAUGUAUUUUCUGUUUGCCACAGCCAUUAAGCAGGCAGCUUAACAGUGCUAAAUGUUUUCACUUCUUUUAGAUGUGGUAGUUGGAAGCAACAAGAGUAAUACAAUUUGCCCAGGUAGGUGGAUGCAUUUGUGAUUUUUUUUUCUUAAACCCCCCACCACCACCACCAUCCUAAUUUGAAAUGAGGUAUACAUAUGGAAAGAUCCUUUCCUAGGAAUCUUAGAUUGACAACUUUUUCUUCCUCCUGGGGGAAUGGGGCAUUCUAGAGACAUCACCCUAAAAAAUGGGGAAAUCGUGUUCCCAAUUGACAGCAAGAAGGCUGCAUUCAGCCAUCACUGCCACUGGUCUGCCAAAGCAUGAAGGAUCUGGAAUGAGCCAUGCGCUUGUGUGGUUCUCUCAUGCCUCUGGCAGAAUAGCAAACAUCUUGUUUUGUCAAACUGCAGUGCGGUGCGGAUAGAGAGAGGUUUUUCUAUUUCUUUCAUAAUACUAGAACUAAAGUGCUUUAAUGAAGCUGAGAGAUACAGGACACACAAAAGGAAGUACCUAUUCACACAGCAAAUAACUCAACUGUGGAGUUUACUACCACAAACUGUAGCGAUGGCUGGUGAUUUGGAUGUCUUAAAAUGGGAUUAGCAGCUAGCCACGGUGGCUGUAUUAUCUUCAGUAUUAGAGGUAGCAUGCUUUGGAAUUUCAGCAGCUGGGGAACAUGAGCGGGUGCUGUUGUAUGUUUCACACAGGCAUCUGGUUGGCCAUUGUGAAAACAGGAUACUGGACUAGAUGAGACUUUGAUCUGAUCCAACAAGGCUGUUCUUUUAUAUGUUUAUGUCUGAACUGGGAAACCAGGAUUGCAAGUGUGUCCUUGGCUCCUUCCAAUCCUCCACGAUGUGGAGGGUUGAAGAAUGUGAAUGGUUGCGUUGAAACAAAUGCGUUGCGUGAAUGGUUGUGUGAAAUCAUCCACUUUGUGAAUACAGCCACUCUGCGCACAGGCUUUUCACAAAUCUCUAAGCUUUUGGUGUGCCGUGGCCACAGGCAAGACCAGCUACCAAGGGAUUUUAGAGAACUUUCAGAAACACUCCUGGACAUUUAAGGACAGGGGUCAGCAAACUUUUUCAGCAGGGGACCGGUCUACUGUCCCUCAGACCUUGUGGGGGGCCAGACUAUAUUUUGGGGGGAAAGGGGAGGAGAACGAAUUCCUAUGCCCCCAAAUAACCCAGAGAUGCAUCUUAAAUAAAAGGACACAUUCUACUCAUGUGAAAACACACCGAUUCCUGGACCGUCCGCGGGCCAGAUUGAGAAGGCGAUUGGGCCGGAUCUGGCCCCCGGGCCUUAGUUUGCCUACCCAUGUUUAAGGAGGUACAUGCAUCUUCUGUAGCAACAGCUGACUGAUUAGAUUUGUUUGUUUGUUUGUUAUUACAUUUUUAUUAACUUUAGUAAACCUGAGCCUCCUUAAGUAAUCAGAGAGGCUGGAUACAAAAGAUUUUAAAUAAAAACAAUGCUAGACCUAGGAUCCCAGCUUGUGCUUAGAGAACUCUGCUCCAUGGCAAAGGUUUUUGAUCUCAAGCUUGCUUGACAUUAAUGUCUGGCUUGGGGAAAGUCUUACUCCUAGGCGAACACUAUUUUUGUCGUGACUUUGGCAUUUGCAGGAUUCAUUGUAUCUAACUGGGGUUUGUUCCUUUGGCAGACAACUACCAAACAGCACAGCUGCUUGCCUUAAUUUUGGAGCUGCUCACCUUUUGUGUGGAACACCACACAUAUCACAUCAAGAACUAUAUUAUGAACAAGGAUUUGCUGAGAAGAGUGUUGGUCUUGAUGAAUUCAAAACACACCUUUUUGGCACUGUGUAAGUAGCAGGUCAAUUUUCAUUUUCUAAGCUGGCUCCUAGACCAGCUUUCCUCAACUUGGUGCACAACAGUUGUUGGACUCUUGGAUUCCCAUCAGCUCCAGUCAGCAUGGUUGGCGUUGAUGGGAGCUGUAGUCCAAUAUCAUCUGGAGAACACCAGGUUUGGGAAGGCUGUCCUAGACAUCAUAGUUUGCUUCUGGUCAGUAAACUGGACUACUCCUUUCAGCUUGUGUAAACAGAUGCAGGUAGUGUGAGGACCAGAAAGGACCCUCUUAAAAUGCUUGUUAACAUUGCAGGUGCUCUUCGUUUCAUGAGGAGGAUAAUCGGCCUAAAGGAUGAGUUUUAUAACCGUUAUAUCACCAAAGGAAACCUGUUUGAGCCAGUCAUAAACGCUCUUUUGGAUAAUGGAACUAGGUACAAUCUUCUGAAUUCAGCAGUCAUUGAACUUUUUGAAUUCAUCAGAGUGGUAAGUUGUGCUUUCAAUUCCAAGAAACCUUUUAGGCAUGUGUGAGCUUUAGAUCUUGCUGCUGAAGGCUGGAAAUAACUUUUUAUGUGUUGUGGGCAUCCAUCUGUCUUGGGAGACUGUGGAGGAGUGAGCCUUUGGAGGUGAGGUCAAACUGUUGGCAGCUUGCAGUGUGUGCUGUGGCUGUAGAGGCUGACACAGCACCUGGGACGGAUGAUGGCGGCUGGUUCUACUGCUACGGAUUGACCAUGGUUUUUCUUCGCUCUGCGUUCUUCCCAGCGGUCAUUCCUCCUUUGGUCACUGCUAUGGAUACAUGACCAGAUGGCCUGUCUCCAGGUGCUGUGGUCUUCAGCAAGGGAUUCCCACACAGGAGGGUUGAUGUCAUCAGCCUUCAUGUCAUGUUUGCAGACAUCUUGUAACAUAGAGUUGAUCUGCCAAUGGGCCUGGUGCCUGAAGUCAGCUCCCUGUAGACCAGGACCUUGGGGAUCCUGCCAUCUUCAAGGAUGUGUUAAGUGUAAAAAAAAACAAACAAAAAAAAAAACCACACCCUGAGUCUCAGCAAUAUAGGGGGAUGGACCAUUACUACUAGAGUAUGACAUGGAAAAGACUGAAUCUUGAGUCCAUUCCCUAUUCUCUCUCCCUCCCCUGCUGGCCUUUCCCAACGGUGCCUCUUGAGCAACGGUGCCUCUUGAGCAGCCUUUCCUGUUCCAGAGGGUUUUCCUGGUUUGGCCAGGUGUGACUUGCCACUCACUAAAGUGCGAUGCCACACUCUACAUGGGGAGCAUGGCAAGUGGGUUUGUUAAACCCUGCAUGCGAGCCACAGACUUGUUCUCAUAUUUUGUUCAGACUCUUUAAAAGUGUCUUGACAGGCCUGCAUAAAUGCCUUGGAGAAGCCUUCCCCAGCCUGACACCUUCCAGAUGUUUUGGACUCCCAGCUUCCAUCACCCCUGACCAUUGGCCAUGCUGGCUGGUGUUAGUGUAAUCCAAAACUGUGGAAGGGCACCAAGUUGGGGAAGGCUGUCCUAGAGCUUUACUGCCUGUGCUAUUCAGAAUAAGAGUGUGGGGCAGUCUUCUGCUAGAAGAAGUGUCUGCGUUAGCUGCAGAGAAACUCUCAAGUGUGUGCUGUUGCUCAGAAUGUUUUGACUUCUACACCUACCACCAGCUGCCAAAAGAAAGGAGCAGCUGAACAGGGUAGUUGACUCAAAAUUCCCAUAAUGGAAGCCAGGUUUCUAGUGCGCUCUAUGACUAGAACGCUCUCCUUCCUUCCCUACUAUGCAUCUUGAUCUCCACGGUGAUUUUCCAGGAAUUCAUAUACAAAACACAUCAUAGAACACUUCGCCCGUUUAAAUGCAAAAGGAAGUUAAUCGGGCUUGUAAAGCUAGUUUAAUUUAGUGAUUUUGAGUCAGUGAUUUUUCCCCCAGAGUAUGUUAGUAAUUUCAAGCUAAAAGGUGGUGUUCAACUGUGGUUUGCAUAGAUCAGACCCAUUGAAAUUAAAGCUCCUGAGUUCUGCUCUGGGUAAACGUAGUUGAGUGUUGCUGUUUCUGAGUGUCAGCAAUGAUCAUAAUGUUCACACUUCAUUUUUUCCCAGCCUGUUAUGCAAACAUCACAAGCAGGAAAAAGGGCAGCUUGAGGCAGUAGGGUGGCUAAUUCAAAAUCAUUCUUCACACCCACAGAGAUCCAAAUAGAACUGAUUUGAAAAAUCUGUGUUAGAAAUAGUAUGGCUUCUGCCCCUACAGGCGUUGCAGCCGUGACUGGUGUGCCACGGUUGUGUCAAUAGGCGGCAGAGAGGAACAGGCUAUGUCUACGCUCAGUGUUCUGCAACCUGUGAGCACUCAGAAUGAUUAAUAGCCUGACAGGUGUACUAAUGAAAAUAAAAGAAAUAGUAUUGCUUAUUUGAAUUUAAAUCUCACUCUUCUCUCAUAGGUGUAUUGACUUUUUAAAAAGUCUUUUAACCCAUUACUUGCUUCUCUUCAAAUUUCUGGGAAAUUGAGGGAGCUGUCAGUCUUACAGAAAGCCAUGAGGCUGUUUCUUUUUUCUUUAGCCAAUAAGGGAUAUCCCCAGGGUCUAUAAAACACACAGUACAGCUUUCAAGCUUGGAAGAGCACCACUUAUACUAAGAGUUCUGCCACAAUCUUAUCCCUGUUUGGCAGGAAGCAAAAUGGCUGUCACAUGCAGAUGAAUACAGUAACCCCUUUAGUUUGAUUCUAUUUUUGUAAGUGCUGCACCAAAGGCUUGUGUGAAAUCGUAGAGGAAAAUAAUUGGGAAGGGGGCAGGUGUUUUGACUCUUAACUCUUACCACCCCCAUGUCAUAAUUGUAUUUGUGUAUACAGCCGUAAUGUUUGUGGCUACAGAGUUCUCUGCAUAUCUUUGGCCUGUUAGCUCAGGAAGCACACAAGCAUAUGAGUGAAUCGUCUGGAAUUCCUCCUUGUGUACGUUGUCAGAGGGUAUUACUUCAGUAAAAUAUUCCUGAGGAGACAGGCUGCUCAAUCAUGAAACCCAAGUUUCAAGCUUAAAUCACUUUUACCCUUUUGCUGUGAAGGGGAAAGUUAGCAUUUAACUGCAGUGAUGGGCUGAGAUUGAUAUCUGCUUUCUUAUCCAGCUUGGUAACGCUAGCCUUUGUUUUGUGUUAACGCAGGAAGAUAUCAAAUCACUUACUGCACAUAUAGUUGAAAACUUUUAUAAGGCACUUGAAUCCAUUGAAUAUGUUCAGACGUUUAAAGGACUGAAGACAAAAUAUGAGCAAGAGAAAGACAGACAAAGCCAGAAACUGAACAGGUAUCCCUCUUGAUCCUAAAUGUAAAACUGAAAGCAUCUUUGUAUGGCCUUUCUAGGUUUCAUGAAAUGUUCCUGCCUUGCUUGUCCAGUUAAUGAUACUGUCAAAUGUGCCAGCCUUUCUUACAAAGAAUGCACAGUAUAUAACAAUAGAGUGUUUUACUUGGUCAGGACUUUUUGUAUUUAGUACAUUUCUCUCUCCACUUUACAACUCCAAGACUUCUGGAUCUCAGCAUUUUGUUUCUUGGUUUGCUUUGAAAAGCAUGUUGCUUAAUUUCAAAACGGGUGAGGUAACUAGAAUUAGGCCACAGUUAAGGGACGCGGGUGGCGCUGUGGGUUAAACCACAGAGCCUAGGACUUGCCGAUCAGAAGGUUGGCAGUUCGAAUCCCCGCGUUGGGGUGAGCUCCCGUUGCUCGGUCCCUACUCCUGCCAACCUAGCAGUUCGAAAGCACAUCAAAGUGCGAGUAGAUAAAUAGGUACCACUCCAGCGGGAAGGUAAACGGCGUUUCCGUGCGCUGCUCUGGUUUGCCAGAAGCGGCUUAGUCAUGCUGGCCACAUGACCCGGAAGCUGUACGCCGGCUCCCUCGGCCAAUAAAGCGAGAUGAGCACCGCAACCCCAGAGUCGGCCACGACGGGACCUAAUGGUCAGGGGUCCCUUUACCUUUACGUAUCUGGAAGGAAAUUUUAUGUCGCUUGGAUCUCUGAGACUCUGACUUGGUAAGGCAUCCUGAAAGCUGAAGGGCAGCAAAUAGAUUGUUUUAAUGCAUUAAUACAAUAUAUCCAGGGGUGAGGGGGAAUCCCCCCCCUUUAGGGAAAUUCUCAUGCUGGGAUUUUGACAUGGUGAGAGGAACAGAGAUUAGUUGAGCCAGCAAGUAGGCUGUUCAGAGCAGCCCAUAAUUCCUGAAGGUGUUAGAAGACCCUGAAAGACUAGUUGGCUGCUGUGGAAGUUCAGGUGGCCCACAAUCCUAUAAAAGGCUGCCCUAAGCUCCUUAGAAGGUACGCGGGUGGCGCUGUAGGUUAAACCACAGAGCCCAGGACUUGCUGAUCAGAAGGUCAGCAGUUUGAAUCCUCGCGACGGGGUGAGCUCCUGUUGCUCAGUCCCUGCUCCUGCCAACCUAGCAGUUCAAAAGCAUGUCAAAGUGCAAGUAGAUAAAUAGGUACAGCUCAGGCAGGAAGGUAAAUGGCGUUUCUGUGCGCUGCUCUGGUUCGCCAGAAGCGGCUUAGUCACGCUGGCCACAUGACCCGGAAGCUGUACGCUGGCUCCCUCGGCCAAUAAAGCGAGAUGAGCACCGCAACCCCAGAGUCGGCCACCUUUACCUUUACCUUUAAGCUCCUUAGAGGAAGACCAAGAUGCUGGCAUUAACUAACUACUCUCAAGGUUGUUUUCUGCUAAUUUCUCCAUACCGUACCAACCAUGCAUGGUCUAGCUUUGUCAUCUUAUAUAGGGUACCCCCCCCCCCGCGUGUCAGAUUUUGAGCGUUUUCGUGUGUGUAUUUUACAGUGUCCCAUCUAUACUGCGUAGCAACAGGUUCCGUAGAGAUGCUAGGACCUUGGAGGAUGAUGAGGAAAUGUGGUUCAAUGAAGAUGAAGAGGAGGAGGGUGAAGCAGUUGUACCCCCUGUAGAAAAAUCGAAGUCAGAGGACGAUUUUCCAGAUAGUUAUGAGAAAUUCAUGGAAACAAAAAAAGGUAUUCCCCCAUUUUUGCCAUGCUUCCCCCAGUUGGAAGUGCCAUUUGAAGAAGUAGUUCAGUUGAGCUGCUGUAUGCAUCUCGGCUUAUAUAGAUCAUUUAUCUUAAUGACAAUGCUAAACAAAAUAUUUUUUUCCCCAAUAGCAAAAGAGAGUGAAGACAAAGAGAAUCUCCCCAAAAGAACUUCAGCAGGUGGUUUCAAAUUCACAUUUUCCCACUCCGCCAGUGCAACUAAUGGAGCAAACAGUACAAACAGCAAAUCUGUAGCAGCUCAGACGUCGCCAGCAAGUUCAAAUGGUUCUUCUUCUAAGAAUGCCAAUUUGACUGCAGCGGUCACAGCCACAAAGGUGAGCCAACUGGUAUCAUGGAUGAUGGUGAGAAAGCCCCUUCAAAUGUAUAAACCUGUUCUUAAAGCCCAGAGGCUAGACCUUCCUCACUGUACUUACCUACGAGGUAAAGCUGGUGGGACAUAGUGGGCUUCCCCAGUGCCAAGUCUCUUACAACACAGCAUUGUUUUGGUCUGCAGUUCUCUACAGCUUGACCCUGGCAGGAGUAUAAAUGUGACAAACUUUGCUGAUUAGGAUGGGCAUUUUGCUGAGAGCUGACAUUGGGAUUCAUGAGCUUAUGGCUCUUCAGUGUGGGGGUGGUACUUUUAAUACUGCUUUCGAAUGUUAGUCAGUUGGAAUGUCUGGUAGUCAACCAGGGUAAUACAUUUUAAAUAUAGUAUUAAUCCAGUGACAGAAUUAUCCAUGUCAUGUUAAGGAACUCCAGUGGCAUUUUUAGGGCUCAGAUUUUUCCAUAGAGGCCACAGAAAUUCUGGCUUGUGUCAAAAAUAUAUGAAAAUCUGCUGGAAACCACAGGAGGGGAGAGUGUGCUUGCAGAAGUGAGAUGCUGUGGGAAAUGGGAUGCAGGACUAGAUGGGCCACUGACCUGAUCCCACAGGGCUCUUGGUAUGCACUUAAAUGGAUCAUUUCCACUUCUUUGAAUGUCUUGACCAGGGACUGCAUCUCAUAAUGCUGUUUUCCAGGUUACGUGGGACAUUUGAGCAGCCAGCCCAAUGGCUUUUGUUUGCAGGGCUUGAUGCUUAUUUGAACUCUUCCUACUUCAGGCACGCUUUGAGCACAGCAGAUCUGAAUUACAAGAGGCAUCAGUUUAUCCUUUUGCCGUUUAAUAAUGGUUUCUGAUUAUUACUCAUGACAAUCGGUGGCUGCAUCUGCGGUCAGGCUCCAUAACACAUGAAAAGAGCCGAAGGUCCAUGUAGCUUAGCCUCUUGUUUACCACAGUAGUCAGAUGCUGCCAAAAAGCCAAAUGCAGCAGUAGUCCUUCCUUGAUGUUUUCCCAAACCAUCUGGUUGUGAGAGAGUCAUCACCUCAGCAUGGAGAUGCCAUUUAACUAUCAUAGUUAAUAGCCAUUGAUAAGGUCUCAUCUUGCAGCAGCUUAUUCCAUAAGAUAGAAACAUACCAUUGUUGUCUUUAAGGACUUUCCCCCUAUCUGCAUGCAGAGUAAUUAGUUAUCCUCACUCUCUGAAAUUAUGGCAGAUAUAUACAUGGGGUAUACAUGUCUUCAUAUGAAAUGUAAUCUUUGCUCUUGUUGGAGGCAGUGGCUACAUCAGGCAACCCCAAGUGAUGCUCUUAGUUUUCCCUGCAUAUGGUGGCAGCUAGUGGGCGCGUCAUUUUGCAACAAGAUUGUUCUCAAGAAUUCUUUUCAAUCUGAGCCUUUUCUUUGCCUUCAACAGGGAAGUUUAGUCGGCCUUGUGGAUUAUCCAGAUGAUGAGGAAGAAGAUGAAGAGGAGGAAACAUCCCCAAGGAAAAGACCUCGUCUUGGCUCUUAAGAAUACUGAAACAAACUCUUAUUGAGGGUGCUCAAAUGCUGUGACUGAACUAAAUAGUCUGACAGAAAGCUUUCUCCCUGGAAAAUACACGAGAAUGCAAGGAGUAGCAAAAGAAACUCGACUAGAAGGGUUUAGUUCUGAGAACACCAGGCUUCCAAAGAACCUAAUCUCUUUCUAGUCAGUGAGUCUGCCAUUCGGGCUGUUAAAAAUUAAACUGAAAUGGUGGGUUACUAAUCAGCGCCUGGAUGACAGGUUGCCAGCAAAAAGAACAUCUCGGGCUCUGUGAGGGGAUGGGACAAGUAACUUUUUUGAUAUUGCAGGGUUUCCCCAAGCUAGAAGAAAAUUGUAAGGCUUCAGUUGCAAACCUAGUAACAUGACUUUGUAAUGGUGCUGUCCAUUGUGGGUUUUUUUAAGCAGUUGCCUCUUUUAAAUGAUUCUCUUCCCAUAAAAAAAGAAUUCAAAAGUUGGGGACCACUACUUGCACAGUCAGCCAAAACACAGAGGGUAUCACCACCCUGCUAUGUAGUGCAUGUUGAGUGGCAAAUUGAUUUCUUUCCCCUCCCCCACCUCUAGUUUUUGGGAGGAAAAAAGAAGCUUGGUUCAAAAUUGAAGAUGACUACAAGAAGCUGUUCAGGAAGGCUGGUACCCAAGGCUCAUCAGCUUACAGUAAAAUAUAUAGAAAACAUCAAUAAGCCCUAGUGCUUGGAAGCAGCAUCUGAGUUGCAACUACCAGUAGCAUCUUACGGGAAGCCAGGUCAAAUGGAGUCGCUCCCUGCUAGCUUCAGCAUUUUUUCCCCUUGAGAAAUCUGCAUUUCACAUUUGCAAGAGUAAAAGAGAGAGAGUACUGUGAAAUGCCGGAAGGUUUGGGGGCAUAGUCAUUUUUAACCAAGGAUGAUUGGGAGGUGGAGUCAACGCGCAGCACCUUGAACCUGGGAGUGGGAGAAUAGUACAAAGGCUGCUUCUUAACACAUUCCAUGUAUUUAAGCAAAUUUCAAAAAAAAAAUAAUACAUUAGGUAAAUUGAUUGAGGCAACCAUUUUGAGACCUUUUUUAUUUUGAGAGCAAGUGAACUGUAAAUAUUUUAAUGUUAGUUUGGCCAUAUAUGAUCUGAGAUCAUGCAGAAGAAAGAAUUCCCCAAACUACAAAUUGCAUUAAGAGUGAUAAUGAACUUAUGAAACCAGCAGCAAUUCACCAUAUAGAUCACUCUUGCAAUGUGUUAGGGUCCAUUUCUCCUGGAACAGUUACUGACACAGUUUCCCUGUUUUGGAGAUUUUGUAGUUAAUUUUAAUUUUAGCUAUUGUUUGCAAAAGAUGGGCUGACUGUGUAGAUAUGAAGUAUAGUUUUUCCAUGAAACAGAAGUUUAUUUUGUAUUGAAAAAGAAAACCACUGUACUUGUUUUACACCAUUUGUAUACAUGUGGUGAUAUUAAUGCUGAACUGUAAAAUUCAGGAAUUAAAAUGUGACCCUGUAAUUCCAUAAUUAUUGGUUUUGUUUGGUUUGUUGUAAAUGGUAAGUUAAUUCAGAUUUUGAAAUGUGGCCAUUUUAGAGGAUUUUAAUGAGAUAGUUAUUUGUACAAAUUAAUCAUUAUAUGCCACCAAACCAAAUCUAGCGGGGGGGAAAUGAAUGUUCCCAGAUUUGAUUUGGUGUGUUGCAAUGACUGACAGUUAAUAUGGCCUGAAGGACAUAUCUCUGCCAUCUGGGGGCUCCAGGCAACUAAAAAUAGGGGCUUCCUUCUCACUUCAUCUGAAGACUCCUUUGUUUGAAGGGAAGUGGGUGGCAAAACAUUUGGGCUGGUUCAGCAGUGUUACUAUGUAGGCUUGAUAUGCUCACUUUGUAUUCCUGGCAAGUCUCUCUCUUCUUCUCCCCCUGCCCCCAAACCCGCUAACAAUUUUCUUCUUAAGCUCUAUAUGAGGUGGGGACAUCUGGCCUGUCUCCAAGCUUUUAUUGAAAAAGGACCCAACGCAUUUGGUCUCUCAUCUUCCAUCCAUUUUCAAAGACUGUUGAGAGCUUUAAGAACACAUGCAGGCCCUGCCCCACGAGUCACUUCUAUAGCAACAAUCAGUUUUUUUUAAAUAGUUUAAUGACAUGGAAAGUUAGGAGCGUUCGAAUAUUGGCUGACAAAUACUGUGCAAGAUGAAGCUCCUCCAAGUUACACAAUCUGCCUCAGGUGCUUUCUUCCCCCCUUCCACCUCCCUUCCCGCUUGUUAUGGUGGGUCGCUUUUUGCCACAGGACAGCCCACAUUUCAAAUGCCUGGGGCCCUUCAACUGAUUUUUUUCCAAGAAAAAGAUUACAUCUGCCAACAUGUCUCAGUUAAAUACUAUUUUAAUAAAAAGUUACAUGAAAUGUG